AUGGCGACACCUAAUACGCCAACAAUACCUCCUGUUGCCACAGGAUCAGAAGGAGAGACUGUGACCCAUAUCCAAAUGGCAGGACUGACAGUACUGAUGAUUAAGACGAAGGAUCAAGUCAUAUAUAAGUUACCCGAUAAUAUGUCUGUCCAGUCAUUGAGUAAAGAGCAGAGAGAUAGACUAUUAGCAGAGAUCAAUUUACUACAUCAUCAGCAAAACACCGUCCAAAAUAUUGCAACAGCACAGGCCAAGACCCAGACCCAAACUCAGACGCAGCAAGGACAAGUUCAAUCCCAACAACAACAAGCCCAAUCACAGGGCAAUAGACCUAUAGCGCCGCUUGGACAGAUGAAUAAUAGCCCUGGGCCUUCCCCUUCAACGCCUUCAGCAUCUUCACCAACUACGCCUACUACCCCUACCAGUAGCAGUGCUCUAGAUGGAUCACUAAAGACAACAAGACGCUAUAAUAAAACUGGGAAAUACUCUAAAAAAAAGCAUGUGCUACAAACAUCAGAUCAAAAUGAUGAUCACAAAGGGAGCACUGUAGGAUCAAGUACAUUGGGAAGUGGACAGCCUUACCCUACUCCUCAGAGCAAAUCAAAAACAACAACAACAGCCGUGGCAGGACAAGGAUCUCAGGCACUUGUUUUCAAUAAUACUAGUCCUCAGGCUUAUCAGGCGCUUGCUACGGCUUCAACCACUCCAUCAUCACCAGCUAAGGCUCCAUCAUCGAUACUACAGCAACAGAAUGCUUCUGGGGGACUAUCAACGCAAGACCAAAAGCGUCAAUUUAAACUUCUUCAGGACAUUCAUCAACUUCAUCAGCAGCUUGAGGUUCAACAAGCUAGUACCAACACUUUCCGCGAACAUCAACUGACAAUUCAGAGAGUACUUGCACAAAACAAGCCUGUAGAUACAAGGACUCAACAAUUGGCGAAACAGAAUCUAUUGGAUGCAGAAAAAGCAUUAGAGUUGCUGAGGGCACAACUUAAGGAUAAGGAAGCAAUGUUCCGACAACAGUUCCCAGUAGCGAGUCAACAAUUAUUACUAUUACAACAGCAACAACAACUACAAGCUGCUGCUGCCGCCGCUGCCGCCGCUGCAAAAAAUACGGUAGGUACAACACCAACAGCAUCAGGCGCAGCAGGUACAGCACAAGAUCCUUCGUUUCCCUCAUUUUCUACGACAUCGAAAGCUACAUCAGAAGCAGAUGGUCCCAGAGCGGUCGAAGAGCGACUUCAACAACAAAUUGCAGAACACCAUGAUAAUGUUCGUGCUAGUAUGGCGCUUGAAAUCCAAAAGACGCAUAAAGAAGUUAGGAGACCAGAUUAUCGAACGCCAUUCUCGUCUCUACACGAUGCGAUCGAGCGCUUGUUACCAUUUCAUGUCUUUCAGUACCCACCACAAGAUAUUGAGGCGCACGCUACGGCAUUUGCUAAUCGGUCGAAAGCUGAUCUUGAUACAAGGGCUCUUAUGAUCCACAGGAAGGCUCACGAUCUGUAUAAGCGGUAUAACAACCUCGUCAAAACGAAUGCAACAAAACCAACCAACACCAGUCCUUCAAAUGCACUGGACAUCGUUGCCCUCCGCUGUAGUCUUGAAGAUGAGCGAGAGGAGCAUAAAAAAGUUUCAGAUGAAAAUGAACUCAUCCAGUCUCAAGCAAGAUCACUAAAAGAAGAACUUGAGCGUCGUCAAUUCCAACUUUUGCAGCAACGUAAAGCAGAGGCAGCGCUCAUUGAACAGCAGCAAAAGCUCAUACUUGAGCGGCAACGUCAGGAGGAGCUUGAAAAGAAACAGUUGGAACAACAGCAACAGCAAAUGAUGGCGCAAAUUCAACAGAUUCGAGAGUUACAGCAGCAUCAGCAGGUAAAAGAUCAAACAAAGAAUGCACAGUUGACAGAGGAGCAAGAGGCAGAGAGGAGAAAAGAGGAAGAAAGAAGGAAAAUGGAGGCAUUACAUCAACAGGAGCUAGAGAAACAGAUGCGGAUCAAACAGGAACAGAUGAUGCAAGAACAACAUCAACUGGAGGAAGCUGCACGGCUGGCCGCUGCGGCGUCCACAUCCACAUCAUCGUCAACGUCAACGUCAAUUACACCAAAAUCAAGUACAAUGUAA